GUGAGACGAAGCGUGAGCUAAUGUCAUUUCCAUACAAAAUUGUCUAGCGUAAGUGGUCAGGCUUGUCGUAGUGACUUUAACUAAUGAGAAUAUCCUUAGCUCUAUGAAGCUUAUAUUUGGCGAUUGCAACUUUGUCUAUCGUCACUCUUUUAUAUAUUCUACAGUGUAUAGUCUGUGGACAUUCGGGGGGAGGGCCGCUGGCCGAGUACGUGCGAUAAUUAUCAUUUGAUUUAUUACUUCAUAGUUGAUUGUUAUUUACAUAGAAACUAUUGCAGCGUUCAGUCGUCAGUAAAAUUGUAGCUAGAUUUAUAAAUAGUGUAGUUCUUAUUAAAAUGGAAAAACAGGAAGUUAAAUUAUUUACCCGUGAGGAGCUAAAGAAGCGAAACACUCGUGAGGACUGUAUUCUCAUCAUCCACAACGAGGUUUACGACGUCACUGAGUUUUUAGAAGAGCACCCAGGAGGUCUGGAGGUGCUUCUGGAACUGGCAGGUCAAGACGCCACCGAGCCCUUUGAAGACGUGAGCCACAGUUCUGACGCAAGGGCGUUGAUGAAAAAGUACAAGAUUGGCGGACUAGUGGAGGCCGACCGCAUCCAGACCAAGGCGGCGUUUGCGCCUCAGUGGAACAACGACCAGCCUCAGGAGCAGGGCAAUUGGAGUUCAUGGGCUCUUCCGCUAUUAUUGGGCAUCGCCGCAACCAUUCUCUACCGGUAUCUGUUCAUGCAGUGAGUUCCUGGCCUCUCGGUUCUCUCAAUAUUAGCUGAAUUUCAGAUCUGACUCGAAGGUGCCGGCAUCACCCAACCAUCAAAAUGUAUAAAGACGACAAUCCAAAAAACUUUGUUUUGCAAUGAGUUAUAAACUGACAAAUUUUUCAAGCAUUUUUGGAGUAUGUAAAAGCAGAAACUAGCCUAUAUAUAUGUUGUAACUGUUAUGCAACAAUAUCAAUUGCAAUGGCAUAUGAUAGUUGUAGACACUUUCGUUCAUGAUGUUAAUGCAGGUAAUAUUCAGUCAGAUUAAGCACCAAGUAUGACAUCCAUAUGUCAAAAACUACAUAGAUUUGUCAUUAAUCAUACUUAUUGCUCUGUCUGAACAUUGGAUACUUACCCUUAGUGUUCUGCUUUAUCAAUAGUGUAUGACUGAAAUGCUGUUGAUUCAAAAAUAUUAAAAUACCUCUAAGCUCAUCUAUAAGCCUGUUUCCAAGAUCAGAAUCCCUCUUCAGUUGUGUCUCUACAGACACUAAUUAUCAUUCCUAUCUACACUCUGCACAAGCAAUUAAUUAUAUAUUUAAUAAGUAUAAUAAUUUUUCACAUGUAAUCUGUGUAGGAAUGUGAAUUGUAUGAGCUUGCAGAAUUUACAAAGAUUUUUUCAUCAUUAGUAUGUAAUUUUUUGGGCAUUUACAUUAUAUAAGCUGUAAGAAAAUAGUAUUUACAUAAACACUUGAAAGAAUUAAAUAAUUUUAAGAGCCAUUAUUUCAUUCCUUAUUAUUUAACAACAAGUUAUAAAAUUAUAUGUCUUUGUCAUGACUAAUAAUGUCUAAUCUAAGAUGUAAAAUAGCAUUAUUACUUAUUGAACAUAUAAUAACUUCUAGUAGUAUCCAUAAUACUAAAAGCGUAACUUGGUGCAUCCAGUUUAAGAGUUAUUAGCGUAUGCUAAAAACCAACACUUGAAAAUAUUUCACAAAACUAAACUAGGUUGGUGAGAAUAUAAAUUUAAUAGGCUUAGUGCCUUAUACCAUACUCCUUUUUAUUAGCAUAAAUUUGCCCCAGGAAUGCAUCCCAAUCUGUAUAAUAGAAUAUCAAUAUUGAAAUUGUUUUAUUAGUGGUUAACCACUUUAAAUAUUUAAAAUAGCUCAUGAAUAGUAAUUUCACAGGUUUAAAACUAUCAUAUUUAAUAUAUGUACAAAGAGCCAAUUUUUUGUUCUUUUAUAUUUUUUUAUCCUACUUUAAGUGUAUUUGUAAUGUGCUAGAGGUGUGUAUUUAUAAUGGUUAAGGAGUUGCUAUGAAUGUAUUUGGGUCUGUGUGGAUUUUUAUAAAUAAACAUCUUGUUUAAUAAA